CUUUCAGAAUUUCACGAUUAACGUGGGAUUGCAUUUACCAAACUUUACGUACAACAGGAAAUUUAAAAUACAAGCUAUUAUUUCGAAGGUGACCGGAAUCCACUAAGAGUUGAACAGGGAGUGGUUGAGGAAAUCAGUGGUGGUAGAAACAAGUUGGUAUAAUGGCUGCGAGAGGAGAAACUGGUCCUCCUGUGGCAGCACCAAAGGGAAGAAGAAAUAGCAUGGAUCCACCUCCAACAGUUUCAGACCUGAGACUGGUUCUUGUUGGGAAGACUGGACAAGGAAAGAGUUCUACUGGAAACACAAUAUUGGGAAGAAAUGCUUUCACAGCAGCAACAGCUGGCCAUUCCUCAGUGACCAGUGAAUGCAGCAAACAGAGUGAAAAGAUGUUCGACCAGACGGUUUCUGUCGUUGACACUCCCGGCCUCUUUGACACCUCCCAGUCUGAUGAUUCGGUUAAGAGAGAAAUUUCCAAAUGCAUCAACAUGUCGGCUCCGGGACCCCAUGCUAUUCUGCUGGUCAUCAAGGUGGGACCUUUCUCAGAUGAGGAUAGAGAGGCGGUACAAAAGGUGGAAGAGAUUUUUGGAGAGGAUGCCUGGAAAUACACCAUCAUCCUCUUCACCCAUGGAGAUAAAGUUGUUUCAGACUUUGAACGGAUGUUGGAGAACACCGGACCUGAACUUCAAGAUAUCCUGAAGAAGGCUGGAAACAGACACCACCUCUUCAAUAAUCUCAAAGCCAACGAUCGUCGACAAGUUCUCAGUCUUCUGGAGAAGGUGGAGAAGAUGGUUGAUGCCAAUGGAGGAGCGUUCUACUCCAAUGACACUUACAAGGAGGCAGCAACGAUGCUGGAAGGGAGAGAGAGAGAGCUCAGAGAGUUUUAUGAGCGGAAACUGGAGGAGAAAAUAGAAGCUGUAAAGGCAGAGUAUGAGGAGCAACUGAAACAAGCUCAACAGGAAAAAGUCCAGGUGGAGAAACGUAUGCGGUCUGAGAUAGAGGAGUUGAAGCGGUACUACCACGUCUUAGAGAGCGGAAUUCGUCAUGUCAUAGAGCAGAUGAACAAAGAAGAUGAUAUUGAACUCCUGAAGAAGUUUGAUGAAGUCCUGAAACUGAACUGAACAAAGAUAUGAAAAAGCCAUUUGUCUUCCUCUUACUGAGACCAUAAAUCAUGAUGAUAUUAUAUGAUUUAGGUCUUCCUUACAUUAUCAUAAAGUUACUGCAAUGUUGUUUUUAAUUAAAUGAAUUCAUCUUUGUGUUCAGUCCUUGUUUUGUCAGCUCUGGAGGAGCUGAGUCACUGAGGUAACAGGUAAUGGUGGAUGUGCUAAUGCCAGGUGAGAUGGUGGAAGGUAACGUGAUUUAACAGCAGGGGUGUUGUUGUUUGGGCAGGUUUGCUACAGGAAGAUAAAAAUGGCAUCACUAAACCUGUUUGCUAUUUCCCAGUCCAUACCUGUGUGUGAUGAACUUUGUCUUAUUCUUUUUUUAUUGUUAGUUCGUUAUUGUCGUGGUUUAGUUUGUUGAUCUACCAGCCUGGGUUGGAAUGACUUGUUAAAAUUUUUUCUACAUUUGUAAAACUUUUAUCAGCCAAUAAACAAUAUAUAUAGA